UGUAAUCACAGAUGAGACGGGAACUAUCUUGGCAAUAAGUGAAGUGUCGUCACAUCCGCCCUGACGGCUACAACCCGGACGUGAAGGUUUUUACAAGCUGUUUCGUGUUUUCAAAAAAAAAAAAAAAAAAAAUGGCAGCGAACAUAAACGUGUCUCUCCCAGGCGUUUUCGUGUAGUUUCGCCGCAGUUAUGCCACGGUACUGCGCUGUGAAGGUUUGCAGGAACCGCGGGGGAACUGCGUCAAGACAAGACAACAGGAGAAUUAGCUUCUACCCGUUUCCCUUGCAAGACAAGCCCAGGCUUCAGAAAUGGGUGGACAACAUGAAGCGGGCAGAGUGGACCCCAAGUCGACACCAGUAUCUGUGCAGCGAGCAUUUUACGGAAGACUGCUUCGACAUUCGAUGGGGAAUCCGUUACCUGAAGAAUAAAGCGAUCCCCACCAUUUUUCCUUCAGUGGAAGAUGGUGGUGAGAAAAAAGCGACCAGCAUUAAAACAAGCUCCAAAUUAAAACCCAACACUCCAGACACCGACACUGAGACCAAAGGUUUUGACUCGCCUCAUAGUAAGUGGCCACUCAUUUUGAGCAGGACAUGCAAAAAGGUUCCAUCAAGUACAGCAAACAGUACUGUUGAGGAGCACGCAGAGAUGCUAUUUGAAGUACCUCUGGUCUCAGAGAUACAGACUGCUGCUAGUGAGCUAACAGGUGACACUGGAGUGCCAGCUGCUUCCUGCCCUGCACUGCCUCCAAGCACUGAACCUCAUUCCAAACAGCAGACUGACUCGUCCGUGACUGUGUUAUGUUGCGAGCCGCUGGUACCUUCAUCUAAUAGAGAGGCAAGUGUGGAUGCAGUGGCCCUUCAAGCAGCUCUGGGCCAGACUUUUAGCUUCGUCCCUGUGGAAGUGAUCAAGGACAAACCCACUGGCUGCUCCCUGGAGGAGACGGGACAUAGCGACGGAGAGCACAUUUCUGUUUACGAGCAUUCGUACUGCAGACCGGACACAGACAAAGAUGAGCUUUGGAGUAAGAUCUUGAGUUUACAUGCAAAGAUCUUGGAACUGGAUCGCAGGGAGGAGAACACGAUGGCUAAAAUACGAGCUCUGGAGAAUGAGAUCGCCCUAUUGAAGAGGGAUGGUGCUGUUUUUAAAGAGAAGCAGAAAGUUUUAGAAGAUUGUAUAUCAUCUGUGUUGCUCUGAGUUUGGACCCUAAAAGCAGAAUUGAGGGUUUUUUUGCAGAUAUGUUGCACAUGCUCUCAUACAUUCCUUACAUGAAGCACAGCAGCACACAUUGUGCCUAAUUUUCAGCUCGACUGGUACGCAAUGUGACGCAAAGCUGCUCUUCUGUUUUAAUAGUAUGAAUGUACUGUAUACCUGAUUAAUGCUUUAUGUCCACAUGGUGGCACUGUAUGACCUGUAUGAUUUUUUUCAAAGCUUCCGUGGAGCAUUACUUCAGUGGCUUGUUGCUAUGCAUUAUUGAUACAUAGUACCAUACACUUUGAAUGUGGCAUCUGAAAGGUUCUGAAUCCAUUCUGCAGCAUAACAGUGACCCAAAAUAUCCAGCCUGAGUCAUAAAAAUCUUUAGAAAAAGGAAUCCUGCAACAGAUGGCGUUAGUGCAGAGCAAUGAGCUCAACCAUAUUUAGUCAGUCUGGGUUUACAUAAAAGAUUUCAGCUUAAAUCCACAGCAGAACUGUGGAAACUUGUUUGAGAUGCUUGGAUCAAGCUUCCUUUAAAAACGCUGUGCACAGGGGAACUGGUGCUAUUUAAAGUCAAAGGACGGUCACACCAAAUAUCGAUUGCUUUUUUCUGUUUAUUGCACUUUUUUAUUAAGUUAAUUCACAAAUAUAAACUAUUAAUUAGUUGAAAGCACUUGUGCACAGUACUGUAUUUCCAAGAUUUUCUAUCUUAUGAUUAAUCCUAACUUCCUCACUGCUCUUCUGCUGUCUUUGUCAUGCAGUUUAUUCAUUUAGUUGCAUUUCAGUAUCCAUUUUGGUCUAUUAUAUGAUGACAUAAUGCCACUUGAGUCUUAAUAUUUCUUUUAUUUACAUUUUUACUUGCAUUUAAGGUACUUCUAUGAGUCCUUGUGACUAACCAGGGAAAGCAAAAGGGCACUUCUCACCAGGAUCCACUCUGUUGCUCAAGUGCUGGAUGUUUAUCAGAAUGAUUCUAAAUGGUGUCUUUCUUUCAAGGACCAGUAUGAAUCAUCCCUGACAAAUGUUCAUACAUUAAAACACAACUUGCAAAAUUCUAACCUUUUUAACUCUCAACUGAAACAGUGACUGCUUGUUGUAUUGAUGUCAAUCAGUUUUAUUUUAUGAUGCUCAAACAACAACAUAUACACACAGUAUGAUAUACUUCAGUGUUGUAGGAUUAUGUUUUAUUUUUGUGCUACAAAUCCUAAAAAUUCUGCUUUUCUAAAAUAUAUCCAUGAUGGCUCUACUUUAAA